GGGGCUCUGUGACGGUAUCCUGAAGCCCCGCCCCCUAGGCGGAACCAAUCGAAGCACGGGGCCAGGGCCACUCAGUCCUCCUAGAAACAAGUGCGCGAGCGGGCGGCCGGGGGCUAUGGACUCGGGCGCGGGCCGGACUCUUCCCCGCAUCCAGGCUCGGGCCCUGCCGUCGCCCCCGGAGGCACGGUUGCCAGCGGGCUCUGAAGAGGAGCUCUACGACUGCCUCGACUACUACUACCUGCGCGACUUCCCGGCCUGCGGGGCCGGGCGCAGCAAGGGCCGUACGCGGCGCGAGCGGGAGCUGCGCACCAACCGGCCGGUGCCCGGCGGACAUGAGCGCAAGAUCGCGCAGAAGCUCCUCAAUGGCCAGCGCAAGCGGCGCCAACGCCAGCUGCAGCCCCGACCGCGCACUCGCCUCGCCUGAGUGCCGGAUACCCGAAGGACCUGAUAAAAGUAUUUUCUCUGACUCCAGCUGUAACUGUGGUCCUAAGGGGGAGAGAAGUCAUGUUGGUCAACAGAACAUCUUUUCAACAUGGCUUAAGUUUACUACUCCAGUAUCUUUUCCUUACUAAUUGAUUGUUAAUUAAGUAGUGUGUAUGCCUUUUUAGGAUUUUUAAUUAAAGGAUAGCAGCAAGAAUGGCAUCUUAA